AUCAACGAUCGUGUUGUCGUUACUCCUCGUUCCUACGGUUUGCCAGGAGCCACACCUGUGAAUUGCAACACCUACCAUUCAGAAUCAGUACAUUAUCCCACACCUAGAGGCGGCGGGGUUGCUUCUCGAGUUCGUCGAUACCCCUCUGGAGCGGACGUGAGCUCCUCAUCGUCAUCUACCUGCGGAUUUGCUCCGGCGAACGUCAGAUCGCGCGAGCCAGUCUCAGCUGUUUAUGGGGCCUAUCGCCAAUAUGAUGCCAGCAGUGGCAACUCGUAUACGUACACCAGUCAGUCAGCGUUCAAGGCAACUACGGGGGCAAUGC